GCUCGGAUUUCUUUCAUUAUCCGUAUAUCCAGCUUCUUCUCUUUGGCCUCAGCUCGUCAUUCAUCUCUCUCUCUCUCUCUCACUCUCUCUCACACACACGCACGCAUAUAGAAGAGAAGUAGAUGGCCAUGGUUUAUUCGCUUACAAGAGCACCCUAUCCCUGCAAGCUCUCUUCCUCGGAGUUACUUGGCACAAAAAAGGGGAGGAUACAUGCAUCCAAAUCAGGAUCUUCAGCCAUUAGUCAGACUUCUAAAGGUUGCAGGACUUGCCGUGGUCGUGGAGCAAUUGAGUGUCCUGGCUGCAAGGGAACUGGAAAGAACAAGAAAAAUGGCAAUAUUUUUGAAAGAUGGAAGUGCUAUGAUUGCCAAGGGUUUGGCUUGAAGAGCUGCCCCAAUUGUGGCAGUGGAGGCCUUACGCCUGAACAACGAGGGGAAAGAUAGAAAUUUUAUGUAUUAGAUCUUUGUAACGUAUUGUGAUUGUAGUGAAUGCCUGUGAUCACUGCUAAGAUAUGAAAUAUUUUGUGAGCUCAGUGAAGGCCCAUGUUAGUGAUUCUAAUUUGAUUUCCUAUUUGUUUGCUGAGAUGCAUCUUAUA